ACUUCUUUCUUUUCAUCUAACUGAAACAUCCAACAUGCCUUCUCCUGCCUUUGAAAAAGCUGCUGCUGAAGCCCAGCAACUUCCCAAGAAGCCCUCCGAUGACGAUCUUUUGCAGUUGUACGGUUUGUACAAGCAGGCCACCAUUGGUGACUGCAACACCAACAAGCCCACUUUUGACAUCAAGGGUCGUUACAAGUGGACUGCCUGGGAUAACCUCAAGGGUAUGAACCAGGCUGAAGCUGAAACUCAGUACAUUGCCAAGGUUGAAGAACUCAAGAAGCAGUAAAUUACCAUAUUUUUUGUACAGUCUGUAAAGUGUGUAAUAGGGCAUUUGGCGCCAAUACAUAAAAAAAAUGGCCAACAGCAGAAAAAACGCAAAUUGCCAAGCAACGCGGCUUUCGCCAUAUGUACCA